GAAAGGACCCGGAGAGGGAUUGACCUUUUUGCAGCUGUUUCUGUCUGAGUUACAGUAUAAACAAGAAAUAAUAAAUAUAUUACUGCGUGUUGCUGCUCUUCCUCUCAGGCUGUCGGAGAGAUGAAGCUCCUGAAGCUGCUUCUGCUGCUCUGUGUCCUCGUUCUGUGUCUGGACGAAGGCCUCGGCAAAGAAAAAUCAGCUAAGAAGGGCAAGAAGAAAGGAAAGCAGGUCUACUGCCCGUCGCAGCUCUCCUCAGAAGACCUCGCCCGGGUUCCUGCUAACUCCACGAGUAACAUCCUAAACCGGCUCCUGAUCAGCUACGACCCGAGAAUCCGCCCGAACUUCAAGGGAACGCCUGUGGAGGAUCGUGUCAACAUCUUCAUCAACAGCUUUGGGUCCAUUCAGGAAACCACCAUGGAUUAUCGCGUGAACAUUUUCCUGCGUCAGCGCUGGAACGAUCCGCGUCUCCGGCUUCCUCAGGACUUUAAAUCAGAGUCUCUGACCGUCGACCCGAAGAUGUUUAAGUGUUUGUGGAAACCCGAUCUGUUCUUCGCCAACGAGAAGAGCGCCAACUUCCACGACGUCACACAGGAGAACAUCCUGCUCUUCAUCUUCCGGAACGGAGAUGUCCUCAUCAGCAUGAGGUUAUCAGUGACUCUCUCGUGUCCUCUCGACCUGACGCUUUUCCCCAUGGACACUCAGAGAUGCAAGAUGCAACUGGAGAGCUUUGGCUACACCACAGAUGACCUGCAGUUUAUGUGGCAGUCUGGAGAUCCAGUACAGAUGGAGGAAAUCGCUCUGCCGCAGUUCGAUAUCAGACAGGAGGACAUCGAGUACGGAAACUGCACUAAAUUUUACGCAGGAACCGGUUACUACACGUGUGUGGAGGUGAUCUUCACCCUCAGGAGGCAGGUGGGCUUCUACAUGAUGGGCGUGUACGCUCCUACGCUGCUCAUCGUCGUGCUCUCCUGGCUCUCCUUCUGGAUAAAUCCGGAUGCUAGCGCUGCCCGGGUUCCUCUGGGGAUCCUGUCGGUUCUCUCGCUGUCCUCAGAGUGCACCUCUCUGGCCUCGGAGCUGCCCAAGGUAUCGUAUGUGAAGGCGAUUGAUAUCUGGCUGAUUGCGUGUUUGCUGUUUGGCUUCGCGUCACUGGUGGAGUACGCCGUGGUGCAGGUGAUGCUCAACAGCCCCAAACGCCUCGAGGCCGAGAAGGCGAAGAUUGCGAGCCGAGAGAAAGCGGAGAAUAGAGUGGCAACUAAAUUGAACAGUCUGAACGGAGCCGGAGGAACACCGCUACACAUCAGCACUCUACAGGUGACAGAGACGCGCUGUAAGAAGGUUUGCACGUCGAAGUCAGAUCUGCGUUCGAGUGACUUCAGCAUCGUCGGUUCUCUGCCGCGGGACUUCGAGCUCUCGAACUUUGACUGCUACGGGAAGCCGAUCAGCGUGGGAAACACGGCGGGAAAAACGCAGGCAAAGAACAACAAGAAACCUCCUCCGGCCAAACCGGUCAUCCCCUCCGCCGCCAAACGCAUCGACCUGUACGCACGCGCCCUCUUCCCCUUCACCUUCCUCUUCUUCAACAUCAUCUACUGGUCUGUUUACCUGUGACCCUCCUCCAUCACUCCAUCACUGCAUUACUCCAUCACUUCAUCCCUCCAUCACUUCAUCCCUCCAUCAUUUCAUCACUCCAUCUCUCCAUCACUCCAUCCCCCAUCACUCCAUCACUUCAUCACUCCAUCCCUCCAUCACUUCAUCACUCCAUCCCUCCAUCAUUUCAUCACUCCAUCUCUCCAUCACUUCAUCCCCCAUCACUCCAUCACUCCAUCACUUCAUCACUCCAUCCCUCCAUCACUUCAUCACUCCAUCCCUCCAUCAUUUCAUCACUCCAUCUCUCCAUCACUUCAUCCCCCAUCACUUCAUCACUCCAUCCCUCCAUCACUCUAUCCCCCAUCACUCCAUCCCCCAUCACUCCAUCCCCCAUCACUCCAUCAGUCUAUCACUCCAUCACUCCAUCACUCCAUCUCCAUCACUCCAUCACUCCAUCUCCAUCACUCCAUCACUCCAUCUGCCACCCAUCUCCAUCCGUCUGUCUCGAUCCUCAGGCAUCAAACAGAACAGUUCCACACACACACACACACUCACACACACACACACACACACACACACACUCUCGUGUACAGAGAUGAUAUGAAAAAAGAGCGCUUAGGGAAGAUUACACUAAUAUUAUAAUCACUAUUUUAGAGUUGUUUUAAUGUAAAUACACAAAGAUGUUUUUAUUUCUCAUAGACUAAAUUUUAUUUAUUUAUUUAUAUAUUUAUUUUCUUUAUUAUGAUUCAUUUAUGCUAAUCUAUUUAACGUCUACACAGUUAUUAUGGAAAAGCAAUUAUUAUCGUGCAUGUGUUAAAUGUAUGAUAUAAAUAUUAAUAUAAUGAUAUCUUUCUGCUUCUGAUGAUUAUUUUUGGAUCUCCGCAUCAGAUGAUGAUGAUGAUGAUGAUGAU